AUGUCCAUCCGUUCCACCCAACUCGUCCAUAGCCUCAUCCUCCACACACAAGACACCAAAGAGCCACCUGCCCCCAGUGUACCUCCCACGUUUACAACACCAGCCAAUGCCAACCCGAGCCCUCUGGUACACUUCGCGAUCCAGGAGGUGGACAUAGGAGAGAAGGACCCCGGGAAAGUGGAGCACGCGGAUCUCUUCGAAAGUCUCACUCCCCUCGCCGUGUGCAGCGCUGCGGCAGUCGUCGCCGGGUUGCCGAUCACCGUUCUCACACUUGACAUGACCCAUACCCUCGUCAUAUCCGCCGACCCCUGGAUGGCGCUCUUCGCCGAGCUUCCCUCGCUCGCCGCUCUGCACAUUUCCGGCUUCAUGGACCGCAUGUGCCCGUUGCUGACGCGCCUGCGCGUCGGGGGGCCGCACGCGGUAAUCACCGCGGAAGAUGAGACGUUCUCGACGCUGGAGGAGAUGCUCGAGUGGCGUGCAGCACGCGGGGCGGCGCGGAUCGAGGAGCUCGAGGUCGGCUUUGUGCACGAGGAGUUCCAGAGCCCGAAGGAUCUCGCACGGGCGCAGGCCAAGUAUGGUCCGCGGAUCGCGCGGCUGGUGGACAGGGCGACGUUCGACCACGCGUCGGCGGGACGCGGACAUGGCCGGGACUGGGUGGACCCGCUUGACAUGCCUGGGAUUGUAGUCGCGGAACUGGGCAAAGCAACGGUCACGAAUCCAAGUCCGAAAAAUACGUACUUCUGGGUGGGCGCAAGGGCGAAGGCGCUGUCUUCGUCAUGCUCCAUCACGCUUGGGCGGCGCGCGACUGGCAGUAAUCCCUCGUCUGCACACACCCCCGGCUCGCUCGCGGCGCAGCGCCUCGUCCUCAGCGAGCUGCGCGAGGACCGUGGCCCCGCGCCCGACGAAGAGCGGAGACCAAUGACGGAUAAACACCGCCGGUUCCCCAGCAUCCCAGUACUCUGA